AUGGAUACUAUAGCAAUGACCACUGAUAGCCCUGCUGCUGGGCUUCACCUUGUGGACAGGAAGUCUCCUCCUCCGCCUCCAGAGGUCACUCCCACGAUGCGAAAGGAUACACCGGUGCCCUCACUAGUAGAGGAGGUUGCAACGGCGACAGCGGCGACAGAGGAGGUUGUAGAUGUGCCACCAUCACCACCAUCAUCAGUUCAGCAACAUGAGAAGCCUGUGAUGGAGAAGACAACAACAGAGCAGCUCAAUGGUGGUGUCCAUCAUAUCAACGGCAAUGGCAACGGCAAUGGCAAUGGCUACGGCAACGGCAAUGGCCAUACGAGCGACAUCGUGCACAAGGUAGACGAUGUAGAUCACAUGAACUUCAUGGAAUGCAAGGAAAAACAACAGAUACAACAGCAGCAGCAACAACAACAACAACAAGAGUCGACGACGGACACUGUGAUGACCGAGCAGCAAUUGGAAAAGGAUGAUGUUGGUGCUGCCACAAACGACAUUGAGGACAACGAUGUUGCCGCCGCGGAUGACGAGAAGGAACCGACUGGCACAGUGAACACGCCCCAACUGCUCAGCUCAUCGUCGUCUUUGGCAUUAGGCACUUUGCAGAAUGAAACAGAGUUCAGCUUUUCAUUUCAUGUUGGACCCAAGAUCAAGGCCGAGAAGAAGAAGAAGGACCAGUCAUUGCGAGAAUACCAUGGCCGUGGACCAUCGGCCGCGCUCUCUUUCCCCACGUCAAUGGUCAGUGGCGGCCCGGGCAGCAUCAGCGGCAGCGGCGCCAACAUCAAGAAAUCAAAGGCCAAUGGCACAAAGAGCUCACAUACCAAGCCGACGCACACGCCCAAGACAGUGUCGCUCUCGUCGCGACGCGCCGAGCACAGACCCCUGUUCAACGGUGGCGACAUUGGUGGCAGUGAGCUCUUUAGCAGUCUGUUCAGCGGCAAGACAUCAUGUUCAAAGAUUCUGAAGGAUUGCUACAGAGUCUCAUCAUCACUUUCACUUGACCAGCAGCAACUGGGCGCGACCCAGGACUCUGACCUCCUACCGCUCGAUCAGCUAUCGGCCCACGGCAAUGACGAAUCGCUGGACGACAUGGCCGACGAUCAACUCAGCACGCUGACAUACCAGCAGCAACAACAGCUAGUGUUGCUCAAGAGCAGCUCGGGCAUGUCAAUCGAAUCGAUCAUACAAGAAGAGGAAGAGUCGUCGUCCGACGAGGAGAAGUCCUACGUCAAGAGUCUAAAGGAGAGGAAGGCGCUCGAGGACGCAGAGAAAGGAUACAACAGAGUACUUCGAGAAAAGAUCGAACAGGCGAAUGUAAAUAGAAUGUUUUUCGAACCAAACAGGAAGAAGGUGUUGACAAAGGAGCAGCAACUGCAUCAGGACUUCCUGGAGCAAGAUAUAUAUAAUCCACCCCAUCUCAAGUCUUCAUCGAGCGAGACAGCGGCGGCAGAGGAGGUGGCGGCAGGCAAGAAGCGCACGGCUGAGGAUGUGAUCAAGGAGGGUGUCGUAACGCCCAAGUGCAUCAAGGUCACGCCAUACGUGCCCUACAACAUCAACAUCAGCAGGCGAUUCCUUCAAGACUUCAAGCAGGGCUACAUAGUCUACAACCAACAGCGCGACCUCAUCUCAUCGCCACCACUGACGCCCGUGGGCCCCACCACCACGGUCAACGGCGUCAACCUUUCGGCGGUUCACAUGCCCGCGUACAUCUGGCGCAAGGUAUCGGAGAUGUUCCACAAUCUCAACUGGUCACCCGAGGAGACGGCGCUUUUUGAGGAGCUGCUCUACAUCUAUGGCAACGACUGGCCCGAGAUCAGCCGUCUGAUGUGCGGCUCCAAGGCACCUCUGCAGAUCUAUCGUCAUUUCAGCAAGCAUCAACAAGUGGACCAUCUCGACGAAGAGUUUGUCGAGGACUGGCGCAAUAUAUGCUUCAUCUGCUUCAUCUCCAACAGUCUCAAGAGUCGCGGCAAGUUCAAGAUGAACAAGUCCAAGUCAUUGGUGUCCUGUCUCAGCUGCGACCGCGUGUUCCACAUUGGCUGCCUCGACCCGCCCCUCCCCGAAGUGCCCAAAGGUGACUGGUUCUGCUCAUCUGAUUGUUCCCAAGUGUCACAGAUCAAGUGCGAGGCAUGUAACAAAGACGACAAGGAGGACUCAUUUGUCUUGUGCGAUACCUGUAACAAUGGCUAUCACAUAUAUUGUGUCUCCCCACCACUCACGGAGGUGCCAGAUGAGAAGUGGGAGUGCCAGCGAUGUACAGGACUAGCCAACAUCAAGAAGGAGAAGCUCGAUCAUAUGCUUCUGGACGAUGUGUCCAAGUUGGAACGUGUCGACUCAAACAACAACAACAACAAUGACAGCAGCAACAACAACAAUGUCAUCAACACACCAACAAAGGACCAUACAGCAUCACCAAUGUUCCCAAAGAUGUCGGCGUUGAUGACACCUCCUCCUCGAUCGCCACUCGUUCAGUCGAUGUCGCCAUCACCAUCGGUGCUCAAGAGAUCCGUGCCACAGUCUCCAUACUUGUUGUCCUCAUCGGGUACUCACACAGGCAGCCACCCACAUCCACCACUGUCAUUGCCACACUCGGACUCUUGUCCCAACCAGCAUCACGACCUCGGUGCGUCGAUGACCAGCCCCAACCUCACUAGCACCACCACACCAGACUCCUCGCUGCAGGAGCAGUACACAAGCGCAUACGCAAGGAUCUUGUCAAAGGAGGGCCACAAGAUCGCCGCCAUGGCACAGCCCAAGCCAUUCUACACACUGAAGAAGCUGAGUCAGAUAUGUCUGGGGUGCCUGACCCAGGUUGGCCUGCUAGAGGAGUCGCCCCACCUCACCGACCUGCCCGAGAUAUACAUGUACGAGGAGCUGCUACGAGGCAAGCUGCUCAACGAGGAGGAGAUCGAGUCCGAGGGCUAUGCAUCGCGUCAGUUCGAUGGCAUGCUGUCGGCCAUCCCCAUUGCCGUAACGGGAUUGAUUGCACAGCCCGUCCUGUCGACGCCCCAGCAGCAGCAACAACAGCAGCCAAACACCGUUGUCACUCCACGACGAAGGACAACAUUGAUCAGCUCACUACUCACCACACCACCGCCAUCCCAAGCCACCACCUCAGCAUUUGACGCCACCGUCUCGUCGACGCCCUACACGACUGGGUCGUCCAAGAAGAGGACGCGCAAGCAGCAGAAGGAAUCCUCCACGGGCUCCAACUCUGAUGUGGCGUCGCCCAUCCCCAUGGCGGAGAGUUUCCAAUCGAUUGGCGUUGCGACCACAUCACCCGACUCGUCCUCGACCCAUCUUCAUUUCAACAACAACAACGCAUCACUCAAUGGACAUGAGGACAGCGCCGUGACAUCCUCAAAUCGAGCCGCUCUGGAGGACUUCCUGUCCGACGAAGCCAGUCACAGCAAUACCAACACCAACACCAACACCCUGCCUCGAGCCGAUAUCACCUCCAACAGCAACAGCAAGAAGCGUAGAUCGACAAUCAAUGAGACAAUAGGCAUUGCUCGAGGUAGAAGGAGUCGUCUGGCUGAUGGCUCGUCAAACGUGGCGCGUUGGUGGAUCUUUAGCGGCAACCCCAAGAACAAACCUGAGCUCAAUGACAUGAAGGUUGGCGAUCAGAUGGAGUGGGUCGUGCGUCAGCACGCAGACAACAUCCGUAAGAGUGACUUUGUUUACAUCUGGGUGUGUGGCAAGUAUGCAGGCAUUGCAGCCACUGGCAUCACGAUGUGCGACCCCAUACGAAUGGACACCGAAUCUCUGUCCUACUCGCACACGACCAAGCCCAACCAGCACCACACCAUCAAGGUGCAGAUCACCUCAAUGCUGCGUGAGCUGCUACCCAAGCGCUUGAUACACGACCACGACCUGCUGAGCAAGAUGACCAUCAUUCGCGCACCUCUGGCAACCAAUUUCUGGGUCACCGAUGAGGAGGCAGACGCACUGGCCUCCAUUGUCAGAAGCGUCAACGAUGGCACACUUGUCAUCCCACCCGAGACACCAACGACCCCCGUGCCCAAGAAGAACAGGUCGCCAUUGAGUGCCUGCCAGUCCCCACUCUCUGCGCACAGCAGUGACCCCCUUGGACUAAUGCCCAGCACACCCAUUUCCAGCAUGACCUCACUUUAUCACUCUGCGACCUCGUCGCUAUUAUCACCAUCCACCCCCAACACCACACCAGCAGAUCUUCCGUCUGGACCAAUCAACUCCGCAUGCACCUCCUCUUCAUUGAUCUCUCCAUGUGACACUGCUAUGACUACAUCAACGACCUCUUCACAACCUCCAACAGCCCCACUACCACUUAUACCAUCGUUUGGCAAGAAGUCCAAACCACUCCAGCCCUCCACAACGAUAGUGUCUACGACUACGACGACGACCACAACCAAUCAACCGAUCGCCACAACACCAUCACACUCCUGUACGAUAUGCAAAGAGAGCACAUCACCAAUGAUCGACUGCGACUCUUGUGGAUCAUUUUACCAUUCUACCUGCCUCACCGACCCCAUCAACAAAGCCAACUAUGCCUACUGGAUUUGUUUCAAGUGUUGCAUGACGGACCAAGAUAUACUCAAUUGCAAACUUGUGAUUGGAUGGUUGGAACUAAGAUCCAAGUGUAAAUCGAUAAUUGUACAGAAGUGUGAAGCAUUUUGCCAGUCUCAUAAGCGAAGUAAGUGUGAUGAUUGA